CUUACCCCGCUAUGACUCGGACUGGGAGUCGAUAAAAUUUCUCCGCUUCUUCAAUCUCCUCUCUCUCCUUUGCCCUCUCCUUCUCAGUCUCUCUCUCUCUCUGGCUCUCCAGUGAAACCAAAAAUGGCUCUGCAACUGUGGGAAACACUGAAAGAGGCAAUCGUAGCAUACACAGGGCUCUCUCCUGCGACCUUCUUCACACUGUUAGCUCUGCUGGUUGCCAUAUACCAUGUCAUCUCGGGCCUCUUUGGGUCGUCUGAUAACCAUCAUACGCCCAGGAACAUGGAGGAGAUGCAGCCUCUCGCCCCUCCUGUCCAGUUGGGCGAGAUCACUGAAGACGAGUUGAAGCAAUACGACGGCACCGAUUCCACGAAGCCUUUGCUCAUGGCUAUCAAGGGUCAGAUCUAUGACGUGUCUCAAAGCAGGUACCAUAUUUGGGGGUAUUCUCUGUUUUUUUAUUAUUCUAAUUCGUAUUUUGGGUUUUAGUUUUUGGCUUCUGGG